AAAUUUGGAAAUGUCAAAAUCUGUAUAAUUAUGCGAAUUUACGGAUUACGGUGUGCCAGAAAGUUAAUUAAACGCGAUUAGACAAAAGAAAACAAACAAAAAUCUCAAAAAUAUAUCAAAAAUGCCAAAGAAAAUGGGAACUAAUUCGAAGGCAGUGGAGGCCCGCGAACGCAAGCAGGCUGUGAAACAAGCCAAUAAUGAACGGGCAGUGAAGGAGGCUGAGGAUCGACUCUGGCAGGACAAUGAUCGAAGUCUAGCUAAGAAGCAACAGCGUCGUGAGGAGGAGGAAAAGAAGCGUGCUGAAGCUUUGCGACGAAAGGCGGAAGCAAAGGCGUUACUUGAUCAAGAAAUGUCUUCAAUUAAGACACAAGGUAAACAGCCGCUGGCAAAGAUUCAUCGUCAACAAAUCUUGGAAGAGAUGGAAAAGAAACAACGUGUUAUCGAAGCCAUAAACGCAGCUAAGCCACAGGCGGGAGCACGCAUAGUAUUACCAGAGCCAGUCAUCGAAGAAAACUUGAAUCGAUCUAUGGCGGACGUAGAGAUAGCGACAAAUGUCGAUCAAGCUUUGGCAGCUUUAAGUGUAAAAGACGACGAGGAAGACAAGCAUCCUGAGAAGCGAAUGCGUGCAGCUUAUCGAGCAUUUGAAGCAGCUAAUCUCCCGCGUAUUAAAGCGGAGAACCCAUCGCUAAGGAUG